GUGGGAUCUGAGUCGUCAGGUUUACUUGUGAGAUUCCUGCUCUCCAUUCCAGAUCUACAGAAUCAGAGUCUCUGUGGGUGGGUGAUUCUAAUACAAGAUAAGUUCCAGAACCUUUGAAACAAAAAGUUAAUUAAGGAUAUGCUGAUGCUGUAUCACAAUUACCUGCCAUAGGAUCAACCAGUACAUUUGCCUGAUUUUUCCCUAGCAUCAUUAGCAGUCUGAGAAGAGAAUGUUUGAUUAAAACAGAUGGUUGAAUAUACCCAGAAUUGGGCUUGGGCAUUGGGGGUGUAGAAGAAUGUCAGCGAGUCUGUGGAAGCUGAGAUGCAGGUUAGGUGUCUCCUGCCCUUGGGCUGUGCCCAGCUGUUUUCUCCAAGUCCUCGCCUUCCUCCUUGCUGCCUGCCUCCUCAGCUGGAAAUGACUGAGGGCCUCCCGCAAAGGUAGGGGAGCGCCUUCUCUGUGGGAGAGUUGGGAGGAAGCACAUGGUGUGGGUACUAAUUCAGUGGACUGCGUGGUAUUCAGAAACUACUGCUGGAUUCUAUUUCUUCAGACAAACCAACUUUGAAAAACAAGUCUUGAAUAAUUGGCAGGACAAGAAGCUGGUCCCAAGCACAGUUUGUUGCCUACAAGGAUGUUAAUUCAUCAAAUUUAAAUAACCAAAAGCCUUGAUUAGGCAUAUUUAUCCCCUUUCUUAUUUAAUUGGGAUGAAAUAUAUGUAGAUUGAUCUCUCUUCAGCUCAGAGAUCUCCAAGUAGUACAGAAUUUCAAGCUACUGUUGUUUAUUUUCUAUGAAUUUUGUCUAAAUCUUUCAUGGUAAAUGAAAAAAAGUAAGCAGGUUUUCAAACUGGAGUACUUCUUCAGAAGAAACUCAAGAAGUUACCUUCUGGCUCUUUCUCAUUCAUGGAUCCCAACCAGCCUCCGCAGAUGGGGUUGAAUUUCAGUCCAGAGGAGGUGUCCCCAUCCCACACUCGCAGUGUGAAGCUUGUGUCUCUGUAUUUUAAUUUCUGCAUCUCUAGAAUGGUCACAGUGGUUCUUGCCAACCUUGGAAGGGUGCCAUGAAAUCACUGAAACAAGAAAAUGAGAAGGAUUAAUCCUGUAGGAUGAUGAACCUGUAUUUUCUUUAGAUUCUCUAGUUUGGAUGAAAACCUCCUUUAGUAAAUAAUGUUUAUACUAGUUGUAUCUCUACCUGAUUCGACAGUGACAAUUCCAAAUUACACCCCAACCACCCACUUCUGAAUAGGAGGAGAAAAAAAAAAAAAAAAUCAGAAGCCUGCAAUUGUGUAACAUGUAAAUCUCUUCUGGACCAGGGCCCAUCGCUGUGGUUUGGCAAUACAGCCAGUGCAACAUCUCUUUUCUCAUCUGCUGGGGGGAAAAAAAAAAGAACCAACAAAGAAAAAAAAAAUACCUGGAGAAUAAAGGUAAUCAUUAAUCUAUCAGGCACAAAAAGGAGACUUCCGAGGAUUUCAGGUUCUAACUCACCAAUUCAAACGCACAGUUGCAAACAGGGAAUGCCAAUUACACCUGAAGAGGAUUAAGCCAAGCUUCAAAUCCGGACAGCAUUUGGACAGUCAGAGAAUCUCACCAGACAUCUUCAGGGAUCUGCCCAGAGUUGUCUAAGUUUCCAUUUUCAUGUACUGGUGAAGGUGAGGACCAGAACAAGCAGGUAUUGGUGGAACGUGGUCCCUGGAGAAGCCUCAAGAUGCAGCCUGAGAAGGAAGAGACCGGGAAGAGUUUCAAGCAGAGGCUGGCCUUGAAGAGCAGCUUAGCCAAGGAGACGCUCUCCGAGUUCCUGGGCACUUUUAUAAUGAUUGUUCUUGGAUGUGGCUCUGUUGCCCAAGCUAUCCUCAGUCGAGGACAUUUUGGAGGAAUCAUCACUAUCAAUGUCGGAUUUGCAAUGGCAGUUGUAAUGGCCAUUUAUGUAACUGGGGGUAUCUCUGGUGGCCACAUCAACCCAGCUGUGUCUUUCGCAAUGUGUCUCUUUGGACGGAUGAAGUGGUUCAAAUUGCCAUUUUAUGUGGGAGCCCAGUUUUUGGGAGCCUUUGUGGGGGCUGCAACUCUCUUUGGCAUUUACUAUGAUGGACUUAUGUCCUUUGCUGGUGGAAAAUUGCUCAUCGUGGGAGAAAAUGCAACAGCGCAAAUUUUUGCAACAUACCCAGCUCCAUAUCUAUCUCUGGUGAAUGCAUUUGCAGACCAAGUGGUGGCCACCAUGUUCCUCCUCUUGAUUGUCUUUGCCAUUUUUGACUCCAGAAACUUGGGGGCUCCCAAAGGCCUAGAGCCCGUAGUCAUUGGACUCCUGAUCAUUGUCAUUUCUUCUUCUUUGGGACUGAACAGUGGCUGUGCCAUGAAUCCAGCUCGAGACUUGAGUCCCAGACUUUUCACUGCUUUGGCAGGAUGGGGAUUUGAGGUCUUCACAGCUGGAAAUAACUUCUGGUGGAUUCCUGUAGUGGGCCCUCUGGUUGGUGCUGUCAUUGGAGGCCUCCUCUAUGUUCUUCUCAUUGAAAUUCACCACCCAGAUCCUGACCCAGACUUCAAGGCAGAACAAUCUGAGGACAAACAAGAGAAAUAUGAACUUAGCGUUAUAAUGUAAUGGUGUGCUUGGUUCUGGAUUUGCAGUUGGUUUGGUAUCUUCUUUAGGAAAGAUGGCAUCCAAGCGUCUCUGUUUUAUUAAGACUGGAGUGAAAUCUACCCAAUUUUCUCUGCUAGCCAUAUGGGACACCUGAUCACAAAGACAUCUGAGUGAAGGUUUGGAAACACUGAUUUCUUCUCUAUCAGUCACCCCACACCCCAGCAUAGCACUGACUUUCCCCCCUGAAACAGCCUUCUCUCUGCCUGUUUAUUGCAUCCUUGAGGGGACUUCUUAUUACUAAGCAAGCACUAAUAACUUGGAAACUUGAUGAUGGACUUACUUGAAUGGUUUCAACUGCAUUACUUGUAUGAAAUAGUGUCACCAAAAGCCUCGCCUUCAGUAUCUACAAAUAUUACAUUCUGAAUAUCAACCAAAACCUAAACUGAAAGACAAAGCAGUGGUUUCAGUUAAUAUCUGUGAACUAGAGAGCUCAAGGAUUAGCUCCCUAGUUAAGCUGUACUUACAGUCUUUGCAUGAACACUAAUAUUCUCCAAACCCAGGGAUGUAAGAAGCAGUAGAAUGCCAUAGCAAGGGGAAGGGCAUUGUGGCAUUUAGAAACCUCAGGAGGCAAGAUAAAUUUGGGAAACCAAAUGGAAUUUUUUUAAUGGAAACCAUUUAUCAGAUUAAUCUCUUGCUGUUCUGCAUUUUAGAGAGCACCAAUCAAUUUCCUGGUCUUUAGUAUAUAAUAACCUAAAAUACAAUUGUAACCUUAGUCAUGAAAAAUACAUCACUCUAUAUUUUUAGUGCACAUGUAUUUCCCUAAUUGCCCACUUGAGGACAGAUGCUUGACAAGUUAAGUCAGUGGCUGCACACAUCUAUGACACUGCACAUGCUCUAGAAGCCAAGAUUGAAAGCACACGGCACACAGUCUAGCAGACUGUUCGAGGUGGAAAGUCCCUGGAAAGAUAACAUUGACUCGUUAGGCUUUACAAUUCACAAAACACUUUCAUACACAUGAUCUGAUUUUAUCCUAAUAAUGACUGCCUGAGGUAAAUACCAGGAUGCCCACUUUUCAGAUAAAGAAACAAAAUCUCAGGGAAGUUAAAUGAGUUGUCAAGAUUAUAGAAAGGUGAACAUUGUCUAAUGUAUCUCUUCACCUUUCAGAAGAUGAAUAACUGAGAAUUGAGAAUCUUUGCCAAUCCUUCCUGACUGGCCAGAAGUGGAAUCAGCAACUUCCAGAAUAGAUGUGCCUUAUGGUUGUAAUGCUCCUGAAUCUUAGGAUAUACUGUCUUACGAUCCCACUUUGUCUGGUUUUGUUCCCACUGUUGCUGAUGCACAAGUGAAGGAAAGAGGUAGCAGUUGGACCAUGGCUUUCAUCUGCUGAAAACAUUAUCAGAAGACCUCGUAAGGCACCCUGGGUCUUGCUAAGUCUUGGUCUUCCUUCCCUGCCAGCCCCACACAUGGCAUUCAGGGAAUUUCUUAUUCCUCCACCUCUUCCCUGUGAAAUUCCCUAACUGAUGUUACUUUCAGUCAGAAGUCACUUGAGUUACACCGCCAGGAGAAUUGCUCUAUGUCAUGGGAUGCACCUUGAGUCCAAAUGUCAAAAGCCCAGAAUUCCAAAGAAAUCCAGCUUCCCAUCUACUUUGUAAUGAUAGCAGAACAGCAAAAAGCAAAUGGGAAAUAUCUCUGAUGACUUAUGUUCUACAACGUAUCAAUUUUUUUUUUUUGCUCUGAAGCUACCUGGAUAUUCCCAAUUUGAAAUAAAAUUAUUGGGUGGGUU